GGAGGCCCUCGGGCGGGGGCGGGGCGGGGUGCAGCUCCGACUUCGAACAUGGCGCACGCUGGCGGCGGCGGCAGCAGUGGUGGCCCCGCGGGCCGGGGGCUGAGUGGCGCCCGCUGGGGACGCUCGGGCUCCGCGGGCCACGAGAAACUGCCGGUGCACGUUGAAGACGCCCUCACCUAUCUGGACCAGGUGAAGAUCCGGUUUGGCAGCGACCCCGCCACCUACAACGGCUUCCUGGAGAUCAUGAAAGAGUUCAAAAGCCAGAGUAUCGAUACUCCUGGAGUCAUCAGACGUGUCUCUCAGCUCUUCCACGAGCACCCUGACCUCAUUGUUGGAUUCAAUGCUUUUCUUCCCCUCGGAUACAGAAUAGACAUUCCCAAGAACGGGAAGUUAAACAUACAGUCGCCUCUAACAUGCCAGGAGAAUUCACACAACCACGGGGACUGUGCAGAGGACUUCAAGCAGCAGGUGCCGUAUAAGGAGGACAAACCCCAGGUGCCCCUGGAGUCCGAUUCCGUGGAGUUUAACAACGCCAUCAGCUACGUGAAUAAGAUUAAGACCCGCUUCCUAGACCACCCGGAAAUCUACAGGUCGUUCCUGGAGAUCCUGCACACGUACCAGAAGGAGCAGCUGAACACGAGGGGCCGGCCGUUCCGAGGCAUGUCCGAAGAGGAGGUGUUCACCGAGGUGGCCAACCUCUUCCGGGGUCAGGAGGACCUGCUCUCAGAGUUUGGACAGUUCCUGCCCGAAGCCAAGCGAUCUCUAUUCACAGGAAACGGGCCGUGCGAGAUGCACAGCGUGCAGAAGAGCGAGCACGACAAGACUCUCGAGCACAGCAGGAAGCGCUCCCGGCCCUCGCUGCUCCGCCCCGUGUCUGCGCCCGCCAAGAAAAAAAUGAAACUUCGUGGUACCAAAGACCUGUCUAUUGCUGCGGUGGGGAAGUACGGGACUCUGCAGGAAUUUUCUUUCUUUGACAAGGUCCGCCGAGUGCUGAAGAGCCAGGAGGUGUAUGAAAACUUCCUCCGCUGCAUCGCCCUCUUCAACCAGGAGCUGGUGUCUGGCUCCGAGCUCCUGCAGCUCGUCAGCCCAUUUCUGGGGAAAUUUCCAGAACUCUUUGCACAGUUCAAGUCCUUCCUGGGGGUAAAAGAGCUGUCCUUCGCGCCACCCAUGAGCGACAGAUCUGGGGACGGGAUAAGCCGGGAAAUCGACUAUGCGUCUUGCAAGCGCAUAGGAUCCAGCUAUCGGGCGCUCCCCAAAACCUACCAGCAACCCAAGUGCAGCGGAAGGACGGCCAUCUGCAAGGAGCUUGAUCAUUGGAUACUUCUCCAGGGUUUGUGGACAGACGAUACAGCAUGUCCAAGUUUCCAAAGUACCUGCUGGAUUCCAGGAUAUAGUGCAGGGGUACUGAAUGACACCUGGGUCUCCUUCCCCUCCUGGUCUGAGGACUCCACCUUUGUCAGCUCCAAGAAGACGCCCUACGAGGAACAGCUGCACCGCUGUGAGGACGAGCGCUUUGAGUUAGAUGUGGUCCUGGAGACCAACCUGGCCACCAUCCGCGUGUUGGAAAGCGUGCAGAAGAAGCUCUCUCGGAUGGCACCGGAAGACCAGGAGAAGUUCCGGCUGGACGACUCCCUGGGUGGCACAUCGGAGGUGAUCCAGCGCCGUGCCAUCCAUCGCAUCUAUGGUGACAAGGCCCCAGAGAUCAUUGAGAGCCUCAAGAAGAACCCCGUCACCGCUGUCCCUGUUGUUCUGAAAAGGCUGAAGGCCAAGGAGGAGGAGUGGCGGGAGGCCCAGCAGGGCUUCAACAAGAUCUGGCGGGAGCAGUAUGAGAAGGCGUACCUCAAGUCCCUCGACCACCAGGCUGUGAACUUCAAGCAGAACGACACCAAGGCCCUGCGCUCCAAGAGCUUGCUGAACGAGAUCGAGAGCGUCUAUGAUGAGCACCAGGAGCAGCACUCGGAGGCCCGCAGUGCCCCCUCCAGUGAGCCACACCUUAUCUUCGUGUACGAGGACCGGCAGAUCCUGGAGGACGCAGCAGCACUCAUCAGCUACUACGUGAAGCGGCAGCCGGCCAUCCAGAAGGAGGACCAGGGCACCAUCCACCAGCUGUUGCACCAGUUCGUGCCCAGCCUCUUCUUCUCCCAGCAGCUGGACCUGGGCGCUUCCGAGGAGUCAGCCGACGAGGACCGGGACAGCUCCCAAGGGCAGAGCACAGAACCCAGCGAACGGAAGAAGCCAGCGCCAGGACCGCAUAGCAGCCCCCCGGAGGAGAAGGGGGCCUUCGGGGAUUCCCCGGCCGCCGAGCAGCCGCCCCCGCCACCCCCACCUCUGCACAAGGCCCUGGAUGAUGUCUAUAGCCUCUUCUUCGCCAACAACAACUGGUACUUCUUCCUGCGCCUGCACCAGACCCUGUGCUCCAGGCUGCUGAAGAUCUACCGCCAGGCACAGAAGCAGCUCCUGGAGUAUCGGACCGAGAAGGAGCGGGAGAAGCUGCUCUGCGAGGGCCGCAGGGAAAAGGGCAGCGACCCUGCCAUGGAGCUGCGGCUGAAGCAGCCCAGUGAAGUGGAGCUGGAGGAGUACUACCCAGCCUUCCUGGACAUGGUACGGAGCCUGCUGGAGGGCAGCAUCGACCCCACGCAGUACGAGGACACCCUGCGUGAGAUGUUCACCAUCCAUGCCUAUGUGGGCUUCACCAUGGACAAGCUGGUACAGAACAUCGCGCGGCAGCUGCACCACCUCGUGAGUGACGACGUCUGCCUGAAGGUGGUGGAGCUCUACCUGAACGAGAAGAAGCGGGGCGCUGCUGGCGGGAACCUGUCUUCCCGCUGCGUCCGUGCCGCCAGGGAGACCAGCUACCAGUGGAAGGCUGAGCGCUGCAUGGCCGAUGAGAACUGCUUCAAGGUCAUGUUCCUACAGCGCAAAGGGCAGGUGAUCAUGACCAUCGAGCUCCUGGACACUGAGGAGGCCCAGACGGAGGACCCCGUGGAGGUCCAGCACCUGGCUCGGUAUGUGGAACAGUACGUGGGGACCGAGGGCGUGUCCACCUCACCCACUGAGGGCUUCCUCCUGAAACCUGUGUUCCUGCAGAGGAACCUCAAGAAGUUCCGCCGCCGAUGGCAGAGCGAGCAGGCGCGGGCCCUGCGCAGCGAGGCCAGGAGCUCCUGGAAGCGGCUGGUGGGCGUGGAGAGCGCCUGCGACGUGGACUGCCGCUUCAAGCUCAGCACCCACAAGAUGGUGUUCAUUGUGAACUCCGAGGACUACAUGUACCGCCGCGGGACCCUCUGCCGGGCCAAGCAGGUGCAGCCCCUGGUCCUGCUCCGCCACCACCAGCACUUUGAGGAGUGGCACAGCCGCUGGCUGGAGGACAACGUGACAGUGGAGGCGGCCAGCCUGGUGCAGGACUGGCUGAUGGGCGAGGAGGACGAGGACAUGGUGCCCUGCAAGACGCUGUGUGAGACGGUGCAUGUGCAUGGCCUGCCCGUGACCCGCUACCAUGUGCAGUACAGCCGCCGGCCGGCCUCGCCCUGACCCGCCCUCCUGGGCACUGGGCAGGCGCCUCACAGAGCACAGACGUGGCCUCAGCCUUGGUCACGUGGGGGCCGUUUUCCGAACCGAUGUGAGAGGUAUCUCCUAGCGCUGCAGCUGCCGGGUGCCACUGCCAGGGCUCCCAGUCUCCUGUGGGCCUGUCGUGUGCCAAACCUGAGCUACCUGCACCUGAGCCCUGGGGCUCAGCCCCACCACAGGCAAGUGGACGUGCUGGCCGAGGAACAAGCAAUCACAUUUGUGCCCCCAUCCAUCACACGUGCCAAAUCCCGGGCAGACAGGUGGCUCCUGCCCCGUGUUCAUACCGUGUCUCGGAAAAGUCACAGGUGGCAGCCCUCCUGAGGCCCACACUUGGGAGGGGGUUCAUGUCCAAGACUCCCUGACAAGGAAGGAGCUGAGCCCUGGGUAGGCUCGCUUGAAAAGUGAGUUCUUCCAGAAUAUUCUGAGAUGCCAGAAAUGUCACCUGAGGGUUUGGGCAUCAGCUCUGCCCAGCUGGUAUUCAAGCCCUCAGUCACUUUGGAAGUGAAGAAAGAACCCUUCAGCCAAACCUUUGGGAUCCCAGGUUGAAGUCAACACCUGGGUCGAGCAGGCGGCGCCCCAGGAGACCCCGCUCUGGAUAAAAGACACCCAACUCCAGCAGCCGGACUCUGGGCCCGUGAGGGGAGGGACCCCAGCCAGCGCUCCCACGGAGUUGGCACCACCGUGCUGUGGGGCAGCGAGCACACUUGUGUUCCUGCAGUGGGCAUUGAUGUGUAUGUGUAUACACGCACAGAUAUUUAUUCCUUUCGCUCUUAGUGGUUGUACUUUCUGCAUCAGCCAAGUCCCGUGGCUCCCUGGGGGCGAGAUCUGCCUUUGCGGAAUUCCGAGCACUGCCCUGACAGUCUCAUCCACCGGCCCACCUGGGGACCCACGAGUCCACUCCAGGGAUUGGUGUUGUCCUUUAGUGAGGGGCUGAGGCGACUGUCCCAUGGAGGCAUCCAAGGCUUUCUGUGCCAAGUAUCCUAAGUGACUGGGGCUGGGGACCAGUUCUCCAGGCCCCUCUCCCCCCGAUGAGAGCCCCUGUCCCCAGCCUCUGCACACUAGUGGGCCCCAAAUAACCGCUACCCUCACCAUCCUGCACAGCUGGACUCAAGGUUCCAGGAAGUGGAGAUGCGUUUCUAGAAGUUCCCUGUGGAACCUGGAGGCUCUUGAUGCCUUUGACUCCAAGCUGGGCGGUUCCAAGGCCAACCUGUCCUGGAAUCCCCACCUUCUCCCCCUCCCCCAGUGUCACGCAGGCACUUUGUACGCGCCCCAGUUUUCUAAGAAGGGAACUUACCAUCAGGAUUCCUGCCCCAGGCCUGCGGGCCGUCUAGGGCAGAGCCACGUGGGCCCCCUCAGUAACCCACCCCGCAUGCUUCUAGGGAGCGCCUCUUUUCCGUUCUUGAGGACUUUCUGUUUUGGGGCUUGUCCUUCCUUUGCAGCUGUUUUGAAUGUAGUUUUCCUUUUCUAUUUAUUUGCACAUUAAAGUUAAAAAUGGAAUAUUGA